ACUUACUUGAAGCCGGAGCAUAUUUUCUUACUGAAGUCUGUAAACCUUUAGGUAUGGAAAACAGAGUUAAUUACCCACAUCCAAGAGGAAGCGACCAUUAACCAACCUCAGAAGACUUCACUCAAGACAGAGGGAUAGAUGUCUCACUGGGGAGCUCUUCUCUUUCUGGGAGUCAACGCAACAAGUGGACCUGAAGACCAGAGAGGACAUAGCCUGUAUACUGCUUUGGUGGGGCAGUGCCAAGAAGCUCAGGAAAGAAGCCAUGAACAUCUCCAACCACACUUCACACCCACCCGGAGACCCUCAAUAUAAUUUUCUAGCAUUAGUCUUUGGGUUAAUUUUAGUUAUCUUUAUUAUCUGUGGCAAUGUAUUAGUGUGUCUUAGUGUGUGCACAGAGAAAGCUCUGAAAACCACCACAAACUAUUUUAUAGUAAGCCUGGCUGUGGCUGACCUCCUGCUAGCUGUAUUGGUGCUUCCUCUCUACCUAUAUACAGAGUUCCUAGGAGGGAUCUGGACCCUUGGACCUGUACUGUGUGAUGUUCUCAUGACCAUGGAUGUAAUGCUCUGCACAGCUUCCAUCUUUAAUCUCUGUGCUAUCAGUGUGGAUAGGUUCAUUGCUGUGUCCAUUCCAUUGAACUAUAACAGGCAGCAGGUGGACAACCGCCAACUUUUCCUCAUCUCCACCACAUGGAUUUUUGCCUUUGCAGUGGCCUCACCAGUCAUUUUUGGGCUGAACAAUGUAGCAGACCGGGACCCCAGUGUAUGUAAGCUAGAGGAUAAUAACUAUGUGGUUUAUUCGUCCAUCUGCUCCUUCUUCAUUCCAUGUCCUAUAAUGCUGGUUCUCUACUGCGUAAUGUUCCAUGCACUCCGAAAGUGGGAGGAAACCAGGAAGGCCAAAUUAAGGAGUCACAUGUCCCCUGGCCGGAAGCCACCAUGCCCACCUCUUCUGUUUGAUAGGAGUCCUACUGAUAGCAAGCUAGAUGAUCAUCUCUGCUCCCAUCCAGACUGCUCCUUUUCCAAAUCUUAUGUGGACAAUGGUCAUGGGAUACAAACUUUAGCCUAUCCACAUUCAAAAUAUUCCUCCCAUAUGGACCAUGAGCGGAAACAUUCCAAGAUCAAUGGACGGGAGAGGAAAGCCAUGAGGGUUCUCCCAGUUGUAGUAGGAACUUUUCUAUUUUGCUGGACACCAUUCUUUGUGGUCCACAUUACCCGAGCAUUGUGUGAGACGUGUAACAUCCCGGAGCCGGUCAUUAGCAUUGUCACUUGGUUGGGAUAUGUCAACAGUGCCCUGAACCCUGUAAUUUACACAAUCUUCAACACUGAAUUCAGGAAAUACUUUCGUAAGGUACUGAGGUUGUGUUUCUGACCAUUGAUAUUGGCAGAGAAAGUAGAUCUCUUCAAAUACCUAUAUAUUCUCUAAAUACUGGAAGGACCAAAAGUUAUCAUGAUAUGGAUAUUAUGAACUUCACAGAAGUCUUGAUGUAUUGACCAAUCAGAACCCAGGUCAUCUAAGAAUCUUUCGGAGAGGAGGAAAGUUGUCUGGCUGAUUCUGAAUUUACUAGAAAGGUUCUAUAUCCCCGGAAGAUGCAUCUGGUCUAGAAGAAUCAAUUACAACUUAUCUGUUUCGACAGAUUCUCUAUCAGCAGGAUUUGUCUUUCUAAUGUGACUCUACUGUUCUUCCAAUUGGUUGAAUCUAUUAAUAGGUUCUUUGCUUACUGGAUCUGUGCACUGGUGACCCAAUCAGAUUUAGGGGACAAGGGUGCAUGGCAUGGAUGACCUUGACUAGUUUUUAAAAACAAGCCUAAUAUGAUGAAUGCUCCUAGUACCAUAGGAACACAAUAUUAAAAUGCAUUGGUUCUGAUGAUGUGCCCAUGUCCAAUACCAUAAAUCCUUAAAGAAGAGAACAUUCUAGGUCCACUAAUGCUCCCAAACCCAUUAUGCUGUGCAGAAACAUAUCUGCUCAUUUUAUUAGGCAUCUGCAACCAAAUAACUCAGUGAGAACCAUGUCAGGCUACCUAAAGAACGCCGCGGUGCAUUGCUUGUUUGUAUACAUUGCUUCUCUUCUAUGAACAGAAACACAAUUGUUUGUAUAGUUCAAUAAAUUGGUUGUUUGGUAUAAGAA